AUGGCCCUCCGUCUACCAACCCAAGCCCCUCCCCGUCGCACCACUUCAUAUCCCCACUCCCAACCCUCUCCGGCACUGAGUCCUUCUGCGCCCGCCCAGCUACCGGAAGGCAACGAUGAAUCUACACAAUGGGUGGUCUUCUCGCCUUCUCAACCGUCUACGAUUGCUCCAACACGCACGGCCUCGACAGAGCGGGCAACAGGAAUUUCGCGGCUGAGUGAUUUUGAGUCGUUCGGUGGGACCCAGACGCGGUCCGCAGAAGAACAAGAACAAGAACAAGACAAUAAUAAUAUCGAUGAACAAGACGAUGAUGGUACAGAGCUGGACAGUUUGGAUGAUGGUCUCCAUGCCUUUCGCGCACCAUCGCUAGCCGAUGAUGAACCGCCUACCGCAGCACAGUGGGACCAAGACCGGCAAGGGACGCCAGCGGUGCUCCCCACACACGAUGGACUAGGAAGUUUUCAAGCGUCUAGUCAGACUGUCCAGGAUAAGCUGUGGCAGCAUGAGCAGUUGAAUCCGCAACGAAGGCCCGAGUUGCGGUUACGACGGCGUUCCAGCGUACAAAGACAUUUAGAUAUGGUCGCGGAGCAGGAGCAGAUGACCAACGCGGAGCGGGAGCGGUGGCAGCGUAUUGAGAAGUGGAGGAUGGAGCAGAGUCGAUUGUUGUUGCAGGAAGUUGAGCGGGAGACUCGUCGGCGCAGGCGUCGACGGAAUAGUCGUGCUAGUCGGAUGAGUGAGCAGACUGCUUCUACUCAGCAGCAAGGUCAACAUUGUGCGGCUCCUUCUGGUUCGAUGAAGAGCGCUCCUGAGACCAAUAAUGGGCGACCGUCGUCGCAGGCUUCCUCGUCUGGUUCGACAGAAUCAGGAUCUGAUGAAUCGUUGUGGAAACGGAUCACUCGAAAGGUUAUUCGCGACUUGAUGGGAAUUGAUGAUAAUGUGCUGUCAGUAAUCUUCGGAGAGUCGCUGCCUGAUGAUCCUUUGAAUGAAGAACUCGCCAAUGCUACGGAGCUGGACUCCUACGGCCUUGACGACCAAAAUCACUGGCAGCCCAAGCUGCUUCAACGCAUUGCUCGCGAACUCGGGGUUCUUGUCCAUCAACUCUGCGAACAACCCGGGGCCUUCAGCACCUACCUUAGCAUGUCCAACCAGAUUGGGAAUGAAUAUGCCGGCAUGCCUCUCGAACGUCAGAGGAAAGAAGACGCGCAGAUUCGGCCUUUGCGGACGAGAGCACCCUCUACUUCACUUGAAACCUCGAAUAAUGGUGGCUCUAUGCCAUCACCACACUUCUCCCCUACCCUGCCCGAACCCAGCGGACGGGAACAUGCCGCACAAUGGGGUAUUGAAGAAGACGACGACCGCAUGGCUGGCACAUCCGAAUCCGUCCUGCAACAAGAAAAGGAGUACUGGGAGAGCGAUCUAGACGUCAUGAUGGUCUUCCGAUACCUGCGGAACCGCUUCGGCGGAAGCGGGAAUACCACGAACAACGGCAGCAGCAACAGCAGCUCUGCAACCACUACUGCUCCUGCGUCGACAGCCGCCAGUCGCAUUUCCUCCCACCGCCAGACGCAAUCUCAAGAUGCUUCACGACGCGCAGCAAUGAUCCGCCAACACCACCCUCUCGUUGCACAUGCUCACUCCCGUUCUGAAGCACAGACACGCCGUCAAUCUCAACAUUCGGCUGUCCAUUCAAGCGGCAUCUCCUCCCCAAUUUUCCGUCAAAACUUUCGCCGCCGUCCCAGUUCCAGCUGUGCCAGUCACAGCGCAAAGUUGUCGACUAUCUCCAGUCGACGGACCAUGACUGGCUCCAGUCGGAAUUACUGGGAUAUUGGCGGGAGUGUUGACAGUGGGAGUGCUAUUGCGCCUGUUGGGGGUGCGAUGGGGGCUUGGGGGGAUGUUUAA